GCCAGAUGCCAGCCGGUGAUGCUCGCAACCAUCAUGGAUCCCCUUCUUGUGUGCUUUUGGGGCCCUCCCGGUUCCACUAUCCAGCAAUUGCCAUGCCGUGACGUCAGCAUCUGCCUCAUGACUCUCUCCAUCGGCAUCCCGAUCCAUGUCGCGCCUUCGUUUCUUAUCACGACCCAUCUGCCCCCGCCCCUAUCGUUCUUUAGCGCACCAGGGUGAAGAAAAGCACAAUGGUGUCCCUUAAAUUUAGACGAAGCGACGAGUCCGACAGGACCGGCCAGCAGCGCGAUCGAGAGGAUGAGCGACGACACGAUGAGCCAGAUGAGCGCACACGACUGCUCCCGCGCGAGCCUCCGGCCUAUCUGAGCCCUGAUGACCCUGCUGUCUCUCCCUACAACCUCUGGGGCAUUCGAGCCCUACGAGGCCUCUCCUCCCUCUUCCUCGCCAUCAGCUUCAUCUGGUGGACAUUCCUUCUCGUCUCCCUCUUCGUCAGUCCACCCAUGAUGCACUCGCGCGGAUCCGGAUUCUUCAGUUUCGCCUAUACGACCCUGACAACCGGGUACCUCCUGCUCGGACUCCUGUUCUUCGCUAUCCCGUCCAAGCCCAUGUCCGUGUCUGGUAUCAUCAUUGCCAUCUUCCUCCUCAUCGACAUGAUCCUUACUCUAGCCGUCCCUCGCAUCCGGCUUGAAGAAGGCUGGGUGGGAGUCGCAUCGGUAGUCUGGGCAGCUUUCAUCUCUCUCUAUACAAUUGUCCAGAACCACUCCGUGGCAUGGGGUAAGCGGGAAGAAGAGGAGCGCCUGACAGGGCGGCCGGAAACCCGCCGUCCCCUGCGCGAAUGGGUCGCUGUCCUCAUUCAGACCGUCUUCCUGGUCAUUUUCGCUAUCAUCGUCAUCCUGUUUACCGCCACCCUGAUCCUUCGUGCCCGCGAUGCAUCCCUCCCCGCCCCUGGCAAGAAAUACUACGUCAACGGCGACAGCUACCAAGUCCACCUCCACUGCGUCGGUAACGCUACCCACAGUCUUCAGAAUGACACCCCGACGAUCCUCAUCGAAGGUGGCGACUGGCCCGUCGAACACACCCUGCAGCCCUUCAUCCACGAUGCAUACCAGUCCGGCCUCGUCCCUCGUUACUGUUACUGGGAUCGUCCCGGCUUCGGCUGGUCCGACAACGCGCCCUCCCCCUUCUCCGCCGGCAUGGCAGCAGAUGCCCUAUCUGAAGCACUCGCUCUCGCCGGCGAAGAGGGCCCCUGGAUCCUCGUUUCGGCCAGCGUUGGUGGCAUCUACAGCCGCAUCUUCGCCAGUCGCCACCUGCUCGAGAUCUCUGGAAUCGUUCUGAUCGACAGCCUCCACGAAGACUACCUCAGUAACAUCGGCUCCCCGGGCCGCGGCUUCACGCUCUGGCUUCGCGGCAUCUUCACCCCGCUAGGACUGGACCGUAUCGCCGGAGCCAUUUUCAAGGGACGCACGCGCGAAGACCGCGUCUACGGCCGCAGCUCCUACCAAACGGGGAAGAUCGUCAAGGCGAAAUUACAGGAGAACCUUGUCGCUGAGUCGAUGACCUCCUCGGAGAUCCAGACGGCCAGACACGUUCAGAUGGCGGAUACGCCACUCGUGGUGAUCAGCUCGGGUAUUGAGGUCCGGAAGAGUGAGAAGUGGGCGAAGAGACAGGAGGAGUUGACAAAAAUCACGAAGAACCUUAAGAACUUUGAUAUUGUGAAGGGGGCGCCACAUGAGGUUUGGCGCGAUGUGGAGGGGAGGAGGGUUAUUGAGAAGAGAUUGGGCGAGUUGGUCAAGAAGGAUGAGUAGGGAUUGUAUUCCUUUUAAUAUCACUUCUGUUCUUCUUUCCUUUUCCUUCAUAUUGUGUUCGUGUUUGCUUUCCCUCCUUUUCUCGGCUCGUGAUAUUCAUGUCUCUUCACAUAUCUAGUCACUUUUAUCUCCUACAUAACGUGUUUGAAAUCUUGCACGAUCUUACGAAAUUGAC